GUACUAAACAAGCAUCAUAACUGAACAAAUCUCCACUGCAUUCCUCUCUUAGACAAACAUGGCCACCCAAAAAAAUAUUGCCAUCAUUGGAGCGGGUCUAUCCGGUCUCGUACUCGCCUUGUCCCUCCACCAACAAGGGAUCGCCAGCCAGGUCUACGAAGUCCGCGAUGCACCCCUGGACAUUGGCGGCGCCAUUACACUUUCACCCAAUGCCCUAAAGAUUCUCAAAAAACUCGGUAUCUACGAGCCUGUUCUCCGGGAGGGCUACCAAUGUGAGGCCUUCCACUUCCGCACCCAGGAUGGCCAGCCUUUCGACGACUACGAGAUCGGCAGCGUGGAGAAGUAUGGAUAUCCAGGGCUGCGUAUCUACCGCAAAGUCUUGAUCAGGGAGCUCCAGGCUGAAUGCAGGAAAAAGGGUAUCCAAGUCACCUUUGGAAAAAAGUUCGCGCGGAUUCUGUCUGAGUCUGACACCGCGGUUACAUGGGAGUUCGAGGACGGCACGAGAGGAGAGGCAGACAGUCUUGUCGGGGCAGAUGGGAUCCAUUCACGCGUGCGGUCCUAUCUGCACCCGGGCCUGGAGCCCGACUUCAUGAAUGUACUGGCUAUUGGCGCCGCAAUCCCGACAAGUCGAGUUCAGCUUCCGCACGGCUGGACCUUUCCUGUGACAAUCAUGAGCCAGUGCCACGGGGCAUAUAUUCUCGCCCCAAAUCUCUCUGAUGGUUCCGAGCUGGUGAUUGUAAAGCAGCGACGGAUUGAGGAACAUGAUCGCGCCGGCUGGAAGAAGAUCCUAGACGACAAGGAGGGCAACAUUGCGUUCCUGCGUGAGGGCGCCGGUGCAUUCCCAGACGUCGUCAGCCAGGCCGUUGAGGCCAUCACGCCGGACUCAGUCAUGAUAUGGCCCUUUUAUCAGGUUCCUAAGAUGGAUCGAUGGACUUCCGCGCGUGGUCGUGUUUCCAUCCUCGGCGAUGCGGCGCACGCCAUUCCGCCAUCCUCGGGCCAGGGCGCCAACCAGGUCUUUGAGGAUGCAUAUACCUUCGCCCUCAUGCGCGCUCGGUGCCAAGAAGCGACCACCUUGACCUCCGUGCUGUCCAAGUGGCAGCGGGGUCGCCAGGAACGCAUCGACCGUCUGAUUGUCCUGGCCCGGCAGAUGAAUGUCCGUCGCUUGCCGGAAUCAAGCAACCCCGGAGCCGAAGAGGUCAUCGGCGGGGAGGACUUCAACAUGGGAUGGCUUUUGAACCCUGAUCUCGAAAAGAUGGUGGACGAGUGGCUGGCUAUGUGAAGUUCCGGGCCCUCUUCCUCUCAUAUUAUUUCGCGCGUGGUUUGGGUUGUUCCUCGGGGGCAAAACCCGAGCUGAACGUCGGGAUUGAAGGGAAAUGGCCUUCUGUCGGCUAUGCUCUGAAUAAAGACGGCUUGUGAUUAUCUUGACGUAUAAAAAAGAGUCAAUCACUCCAGUAUAUAUGUGAUUCAG